CUCACCCUGUGAGCCCUAGGAGAACGUCAACCCAAGGUGCUCCAAGAAGGAGGCUCUGCUGCAGAGGGAAAGAGGGGGAGGACAGGCAUGCUGCGGCUGGUCGUGGAUUCAGCUACGAUUAACCCACCCCUCAGCCCCCCACCCAGACCCUGUGUGACUGCCUACUUCCGAGAUAUCAAGAGGAGAACUCAUGAAGCGGAGGGGAAUAACCCCAUAUGGAAUGAGACCCUGAUCUGGUACCUCUCGGACUGCCCCCUCCAAAAUGACUCUUUUCUGCAAAUCAUCCUUCGGGACGUGGGCGCAGCAAAGAAAGACAGAUUCAUUGGGCUGGCCACAAUACUGCUCCAGCCCUUGGUGAAAAAACCGAGUGAGGUCCUUUCUUUGAAGGACUUGAACCUGCUUAACCAUCUCAUGCAAUCCACAGAUUGCACUGUCACCCUACAUGUGACCCUUGCGAGAAAACAGUAUGCAUCGAAAUUAGGUGAUUACGACCUCCUGGGCCUAAGUGCCCAAGAGAUGGCCAGGCGGAAACUGAUGGUCCCUGGUUCCGGCAUGCCCAUGGCUCUGUCCUCGAAGCCUCAGCACUUUCAGGUCCGAGUGAAGGUAUUUGAAGCCCGACAGCUCAUGGGCAACAACAUCAAGCCGAUGGUGAAUGUGGUCAUUGGAGGCUACCAGUACAACACGCGGAUCAAGAUGGGAAACAACCCUUUCUUCAAUGAGAUCUUCUUCCAGAAUUUUUAUGAGGUACCUGCUAAGUUAUUUGAUGAGACCAUCUUAAUCCAGACAGAUAUUGGGUUUAUCUACUAUUCUCCAGGUCACACACUCAUGAGGAAAUGGUUAGGCCUCUGCCAGCCGAAUGAACCCAACAGUGGUGUGAGAGGCUACCUGAAAGUCACCAUCUGUGUCCUCGGUGUGGGAGACCAGGUUCUGGUAGAUCAAGAGAUGCCCUAUGGGGCUGAUGACACCACUACUGAGAUCUUCAAGUCAUCGGUGGUCCCAACCAACGUAGCCUACUUACAGUUCUUCAUCUACUGCGCAGAGGAUCUUCAUCUCAAGAAACAGCACUUAGUGAGUCCUGUGUUGGAGGUGGAACUAAUUGGGGAAAAGCUCAAGACAAAUGUGCUGACUGAAACUGAGAACCCGAUAUGGAACCAGAUCCUGACCUUCCAGAUUCAGCUGCCCUGCCUCUCCAGCUACAUCAAGUUCAGAGUCCUGGACUGUCCCAAGAACAGUUGCCAGGAUGAGAUUGGGACCGUCAGCUUGUUCCUCAACCAGAUCUCAUCUACUGGAGCAGAAAUAGAAGGCAAGCAAUCCCCCUGGCCCCUGCUUCCUGUCCCUCUCCUCCCCCCGCCCCCCCCCCCGCCCCCCUCACUCUCUCUCCUUGCAGGAAUGUACUCUGGCUUCCUACCCUGUUUUGGCCCCAGCUUCCUGACUCUCCGAGGGGGUAAAAAGGCCCCUUUCAGGAUCCAGGAAGAAAACACUAAUAUUCCCGACUCUCUUAAGGAUGGUCUAACUUAUCGAGGACGAGUCUUCCUGGAGUUAUCCACCCACGUCACUUCCCAUCAAGACCUUAAGAGAAAAGAUCUCUCCUCCGAAGUGACCAGUAUAGAGAGACACCGUCACCGCCAGAAGUAUGGGCUGUGUGUCAUCUUCCUUUCCUGUACCAUGAUGCCCAACUUUAAGGACCUGAUCCAGUUUGAGGUCAGCAUUGGCCACUAUGGAAACAAGAUGGACCUGAAUUACAAGCCUUGUGUCUCAACCACACAGUACAGCCCAGUGAUAUAUGAUGGGAACAUCUACCAUUAUGUGCCCUGGUACAACACCAAGCCAGUAGUGGCUGUGAUCUCCCAAUGGGAAGACGUCAGCUUCCGCAUGAACUGCCUCAACCUCCUCCACUUUACUCGGGACCGCCUGAAAGCCAAUCUGGACACCCUGAAAUCCAUAAGGAAUCCAAGAGACCCUGCUCUGCUCCCCCAGUGGGAGAAGCUGCUGAGGGAGCUGGUGGAGGACUGCAAACACCCUCUGCCCUGCAUGGCCCAUCAGCCCAGAGCCACCGAGCUGGACAAGAAGAGGUGGCAGCUCCGCAGCCGCCUCCUGCAGGAACUGUCCCAAAAGGCCAAGGAAGUUAAGCCCAGGAACAUGGUGGCCACCGUGGAGGACUGGCUGUACCGCCUCAACGCCGUUCUCCCUGAGCCCCAGAUGAGCCUCCCAGACGUGAUGAUCUGGCUGACGUCCAAGGAGCAGCGGGUGGCCUAUGCACAGGUGCCGACCCACAGCAUCCUGUUCUCCCCAACAGGGGCUCUGCACUCCGGCAGGUUCUGUGGGAAGACACAGACCCUCAUUCUGCAGUACCCAGAGGGUGAAGGACAGGACAUGCUGCCAGCCCACCUCCGGGUCUGCAUGUGGUUUGGCAACAUCUCGGACAGCAAGAAUCUGCAGCUGCUGCGCGAGGGUGAGGUGGUCGUGUAUGCAGAGACGUACGAGAACCAGGCCAAGUAUAAAGACCAGUGGGGACAGCAGGGGCUAUACCACUGCCCCAACUUCUCGGACGUCAUGGGCCACAAGGCCCUCCCUAAGGAGGAUUUCCAGGCACCCCAAGGAUGGCACUGGCAGGGGCAGUGGACAGUGGAGCCUCAGAGGAGACUCCUCCUGGACGUAGACAUCAACAAGAGCCAGGUGCUAGAGGAGGUGUAUGAGAACCAGUGUCGUGACACCACGGGGGCCUGGGUGCCGGCAGCCAUCCCAAACACGGAUAUGAAUGGAGAGCCCGUGGAGGCCCGGGAGAAUGUGCAGUGUCCCCGAGGCUGGCAUGUUAAGGAGAGCUGGAUCGUGGAGCUGAACCACGCGGUGGACAGUGAGGGCUGGGAAUACGGAGUGGCGAUUGAGCCGUCGGGCCAACCUCGGGUCUGGAACUCAGUGGAAAAGACCUACUACUCAUGCCGCCGGCGGCGCUGGGUACGUGUGCGCUGCCGGAACCACGGGAAGCUGAGCCUGGAGGAGGAGACCCUCUCCUUCCUGCAGCUGCACCACCCCAUGCCAGCCAAGGAUGAGGAGGGCUGGGAGUAUGGCACCUUUGGCUCCAAGUUCCACCUGAACCCUCAGCCCCAGAGCCAGUUCCGCCGCCGCUGCUGGCACCGCAGGAUGGUCCCGAACAAGGACAAGGGCAUUGCACCCAUAUUCCUCCUGGAGGGAUCCUUGGGUAUGGAUCUGAAAGAGAAGAGCAGGAAAGAAGAGAUGAGGCUGACACAGGCUCCAGACAAAACAAUCAGGAGCUCCUGGAGGCCUGCCCAAGAGGACAUCCAGCUACAUGCCCUACCCUUCAUCUACUGCAUCUUCAACAAGCCCCACUACUAUCAGCUUUUCUGCUACAUCUACCAGGCCCGGAACCUAAUGUCCAACCAGAUCCAGACAUUCCAGGUGCCCUUCAUUCGGUUGGUCUUCUUGAACCAUAGCCAGUGCACCCAAACCCUGAAGAGCUCUGCAGCCCCAACGUGGGCCCAGACACUCAUUUUCCAGCACCUUCUUCUGUACGAGAACCCUGAAGACACCAAAGCAAGCCCUCCACUUGUGGUCUUGGAACUGUGGCAGCAGAACGCCCAGGGAAAGGAGAGCUUGUGGGCCCGGAGCAUGUGGUCCCCGGUGGUCUGGCUGGAUGUCCAAAAACGGACCCUGCCCCCUCUGAGGUGGCACCCCCUUGUAAAAUUGCUAGGGGAGAAAGAGGGUGAGAUCCUGGUGUCCUGUGAGCUGAUCCUUGAGACCGAGAGUGUCAAAGAGAGGCCGCCAAUCUUAAGUGUUCCCUGGAAGAACGGAGUCUACACACUCCCCAAGAGCAUCCAGCCAACACUAAAGAAAAUGGCUGUGGAGAUUCUGGUCUGGGGCCUUCGGAACAUGAAGCAGGUGCAUUCCCCCCAGCUCCUGGUAGAAUGCUGGGAAGAGUCCCUGCAGACAGAGCCCAUCAAGGACUUCCAGACCAACCCUAACUUCAAGCAGUCAGUCCUCUUCCUCACGCUGUUCAUCCCCACAGAGGAGGCCUAUGCGCCACCCCUCACACUGAAGGUGGUGGACAAUCAGGACUUCGGCCAGCAGACCGUGGUGGGUCAGGCCAACAUCCACUCCCUACAGCCCUACUUCUGCGACCCCUGGGCUGAGGACUACGUGCCUCCACAGCUCCCAAUGCUGUCUGUGAACAAGUACCAGAAGCUCCUAGAUUACUUCUAUGAAAAGUUCUGGAUCAGUCCCAGCAAAGCUCAGGAUCAGUACCAGCAUGAAGUGGACUGGUGGAGCAAGCUGUUCUGGGCUACGGGAGAUGCUAAGGCCCUGCAGUACAAGUACAAAGACUACCAUACCCUGAAGGUGUAUGACUGUGAGCUGGAAGCCGUGCCCGCCUUUGAAGGCCUGCAGGACUUCUGCCAGACCUUCAGACUCUACCAAGAAGAGCCCAAGUUGGACAGCCCUGUGGUAGGGGAGUUCAAGGGCCUUUUCCGCGUCUACCCCUUUCCUGAGGAUCCAAAAGCCCCCAAGCCCCCCCGCCAGUUCUUGGUUUGGCGCAACAAAGAGGACUUCCCUCAGGAGUGCUUGGUGCGUGUGUACGUGGUUCGAGCCAUCAACCUGCAGCCCCAAGAUUCCAAUGGCCUGUGUGACCCUUAUGUGAUCCUGAAACUGGGACAGACAACGAUGGGCAACCGGGACAAGUACUGCCCCAACACUCUGAAUCCCAUCUUCGGCAUUAUGUUUGAACUGAGCUGCACCAUCCCCCUGGAGAAGGACCUAGAGAUCCAGCUAUAUGACUUUGACCUGUUCUCACCUGACGAAAAGAUUGGAACCACAAUCAUUGACCUCGAAAACCGACUCCUGUCUGGCUUUGGUGCCCGUUGUGGGCUCUCCAAAUCCUACUGCUACGCAGGGCCCUUUAGGUGGCGGGAUCAGAUGACCCCAAGCUUCCUCCUGGAACGCCAUGCCAAACAGAAAGGGUUGCCUCCGCCUUUGUUCAGUCCUGAAGAGGACACUGUUUUUUACAAUGGGAAAAAAUUCAAACUGCAAAGCUUCGAGCCCAAGCCCCCUCCUGUUCGUUACUUGGGACCUAAGAAAGAACGCCUUGCCCUGUACCUCCUGCACACCCAGGGGCUGGUGCCUGAGCAUGUGGAGACCCGCACACUGUACAGCAAUAGCCAGCCAGGCAUUGACCAGGGAAAGGUACAAAUGUGGGUGGACAUCUUCCCCAAGAAGCUUGGGCCUCCUGGCCCCCCAGUCAACAUCAGGCCCAGAAAGCCUAAAAGGUAUGAGCUGCGCUGCAUUGUCUGGAAAACUGCCCAAGUGGACCUGAGGAGAAGUUUAACCACCGGGAUGAGCGACAUCUAUGUCAAAGGGUGGUUAGCUGGGCUCGAGAAGGACAUGCAGAAGACGGAUAUCCACUACUACUCUCUGACUGGGGAGAGCAACUUCAACUGGCGGUUCAUCUUUACCAUGGACUACCUGGCAGCUGAGCGUGUGUGUGUCCAGAGUCAGAAGGACUACAUAUGGAGCCUGGACCCCACGGUGAUGAAGUUCCCAGCCCGGCUUAUCAUCCAGAUCUGGGACAAUAACAUCUUCUCCACAGAUGACUUCCUAGGCGUCCUGGAGCUGGAUCUGUUUGACAUGCCCCUCCCGACCCGGCACGCCAACCUGUGCUCCAUCAGAAUGAUGGAGACUAACUCCAAGUGGCCCUACUUCCUCCAGUAUAAGCACUUCUCCCUCUUCAAGAAGAAGACCAUAACAGGCUGGUGGCCUGCCCAGGUCCUCGAUGGUGGCACAUGGCACAUGUCGGGUAAAGUGAAGAUGACGCUGGAGAUUCUGUCAGAGAAGGAAGCCUUAAUCAAGCCAGCAGGGCGAGGCCAAUCAGAACCCAAUCAAUACCCGACACUUCAUCCUCCCCUACGCCCCAACACCUUGUUCAUAUUACGGUCACCUGUGACAAUCCUCUGCCGCGUUUUCUGGAAACGCUACCACUUCAAAAUCAUCAUCGGUGCAAUCAUAUUUAUUAUAGCACUUAUGCUGUUCAACUUUAUCUACUCUGCACCGAACUACUUGGCCAUGAGCUGGGUCAAACCUGAACUUCGGCUGAAUGCUCCCAUUAAAACACCCACGAAUAUCAUGAAUCCGCCAAGCAGCAGCAAUGCCCACUCUUCCAUCCUCACCAGCCAGCAUCAGAACCUAAAUUCUACAACAGACCAUGAGCUGAAACUCUUCCAGGGACCUAUGAAUCGCCUGCAAGACAUUUUUCCAGAACUUCCAGCCCCACAAGACUAAUCAGUCCAUGUCUGCCUGGCUUUUCUCCAGCCCAUCAUUGGCCCUACCCUCGCGCUUCCUACUAGUUCUCAUUUCUGUCUUCUAGGACAUAGGCUGGGGGCUUCUGGGACAUAUGCAAAGAGGGGCAUGUUCUGUUAGGAAACCACUUCCAACAAGAACAGAGUUAUUGUUGUCAUUUUCCCACUGAAGUAAACACAUUUUGUCACAAAGAGCUACCCUGUAAUUUAAG